UAUUUGUAUGUGACUUUUCGGUCAGAGAAUGGUUAGAACCGAAUUCUGUGUCGCUCAUCGUUUCAGUUUUUUGUAGACAUUUUUACUUUACGGACGUGUUGGCGGAUGCAGGCAAAUGCAGAACGGCACUAGCGGAACACGACCAAACCUUUUCCGUUUACCUAAUUUCUACAAGCAAUAGAAAACUGAUUUUCGCUUGCUUUAAUUUUUCGCAGUCGACGCAACGAAAGUAGUGCAAAAAAUCAUAAUUUUUAUCUUCAUUUUGAUAGAAAUUAAUUUUGAAAUUAUAUAAAAGCCAGUGAAUUGUGGAAAAAUGGUGAAAAAGUGAACGCUCGAGAGAAGCAAUGCACUUCAGAUCGUUCUCCAAUCAAAGCAUGAACUCAAAUUUGACGCUAAGUCAGCGAGAAAGUCAAAGCCAGAGUAGGCGUAUACUAAUCAAAAGGAAUUGAAAGCGCAUACCGUUAUAUGUGCAUUACAUGAGAAAGGGAGAAUGUCAAGUAGUAGAAAGCUUGUGAAAAGUACAUCUUGCAUUAUUAAAAUUCCUUUCGUGCGCAGCCAAGAGGAAAACAUGACACAAAUUGCAAAACUCAAACCCCACAAUACGAAGCGCAACCGAAAUCGGCAGCAGCAACAAUAACGGUAACGGCAACGGCAACUUUUAAAUACAGCUACCUAGAAAAAAAACAAUAAAAGCAAAAAAGGCAAACUGAACUGCGCUCUAGCACGCCAACUUGGAAACUUAAACGAAAUUCACACACACACACCCUUACGUAAAAACGUAACUACGUAAUCAUAGAGGAAAGCUCGCGCCGCACUUUAAAAUCGCCUUCAAUGCACAACACUCGCUAAUAGUGACUGCCAAGCUGAAGUGGGACCUUUGCAGUCGUUCUUUGCGAUUUAUGUUAAGGACAAGUGGCGCCAUUUGUUCAGUGCCUCCAACGUCGUCGGACGAGUCGUCGCAACCGGCACAACAGUAGACAGUGAGUGAGCGUGUGGCAGCCACAAAUGCGGUAAGGCGGCAACGGCAAGCGGUUUGUAAACAAACGCAGCCGCAACGAUUAACAAGGAUUCUUAGCUGCAUUGCCAGCGCCCUCUUGAGCUUGGCUCUGGCAACCCAUACUCGCUACGUCAUCGCAACGUUUACUACGUCAGCAGGAGAAAAUAGUGCCGUAGGUGUUUAACACAAUAGCAGAAGAGGACGACAACAACAACAACGAGGACAACGACGAGGAGGUGGAAGGCGACCCAGUACUUGAGAGCAGUGACGCUGUGGCAUUCAGCUCGGUAUGGGUGACCUGCAAGCAACAAUUGAAUUUUCCGUUGAGCUCUAUAAAUUCUUCAAUGUUGACUUAUUUCAAAGAGGCCUCUAUCAGGUGCGUUGCGGUCUACGUGUCUCACCACGUCUCCCCGUCCAGGUGGAGACCAGCAUAGCAGACACACCGCAAAACAACGCACACACAUCGGAAAUCCACACACAGGCGCCGCCAACCACAAAUGGUUGCAACGGUGGUGGCGAUUGCAGUGGCGGUGAUGGCGGCGGCAGCGAUGGCGAUGUGUUGCAGGAGCCGCGCGAACAGCAACAGGAUGCAUUGCCAACCAUGUUGCAGAACGGCGGCAGCCUAUUGUCGGGAUCUGCAUGCAUAAUUAACGGUUGUGGUGCAUCGCGCGUCUUUCAGAUACUCUACCGGAAUGAGGAAGUGACGCUGCGCGAUGUUAUACAUUUUCGCACACACUUGUUGGUUGACAGCCGUCACUUGAAGGAAUCCAUUGAACGUGCGGAAUUCUCAUUGCAAUUGGAGUUGUGGUUUGGUGAACAAAACGGCACCAGCGCAUUAUCAUUGGCCUCCACACGCACCUUACAGCUGAAUUUCCAUCCAGGUCGAGGGCUGCACUACCAUCUGCCGGUGCUGUUCGAUUACUUCCACUUGGCCGCCAUUAGCGUUGGCAUCCACGCCAGUUUAGUGGCUUUGCAUCAGCCCUACAUCAAGAAAACACUUUUCCGUUACAUGAAACUCUGCGCACCCAAAAGCUCGAAAGCUUGGAGUGGCAAGCUGAAUUGUCGUGGCAGUAUGUCGCCCGGUCCAUUGGAGGCUGUCUUUUUCGGUCCACAAAUCGUGGGCACCACCAAGUGUAGCGGUGGUCCCGCUGGGCGUCUACUACAAUCGCGUCAAAUACAUCACGAAGUGUGUAGUCUACUGUUGGGCGCAAUCGAGAAUCUUAAGGUUACGCUCAACGAGUUCAGCGCAGUACUCACGAAGAGCAUAAAUAAUCAAAUCGGCUCACCGCCAUUACGUGAGAACGAUACUACAGAACGCUUGCAGCACUUAACCGAAGAGGCGAAGCUUCACGACACCGAGGAAGAUUUCGCGAUUCGUGCCAAUUCCGACAUCGCACAGCUUUGCGCCGAGUGCAUAAUGUACUGGAGACGUGUAUUGCUGGCUUCCUCACAAACGGCCGUACAUACACUGCUCGCCAAAAAGCAUCAUAUACUGCGUGUGCAGCGCUUUGCUGAAGGUUUCUUUGUCAACGAAAAUCCGCGACAUUCGGCGGCCGGUUGUUAUGACAGCAACUAUCAGAACUAUGUGGCCAUUGCCGAAAUGGCACGUCGCAGUCGUUAUCUACAGUCAUUACCACCGUUACCGGUACACUGUACGCCGAUCGAUGGUGAUGCGAGCUCUUUGCCACUGAUAUUUGAAGAUCGCUAUGUCGAGCCGCCGAACUAUACGCGUCGACGCACCGGCAGUGAUCCGCAUUUAAACAGUCAUGAGAGUUUGGUAAGCUCUUGUGGUAGCAGUACCACGCCCAAACUACCACCACCGCCGUCAACUAGCAUACUCGAUAAGACACACUCAGUCAACAGCCUCAGCGGGCGCAGUACCAAUUCCAAAGAAUGCUCGUGUACCAUAAAUUAUGAUUAUCAGAAUAGUCCAGGCUGUGUAGCUGGCGUGCUGACACCACGUUUCGCUUUGGGUGGUGAAGUCUUGCAGGCGAGUCUGACUAUUGCAACCACAGCAGCGGCGAAAGCACCAAGCACUAGCGCGCUGAAUCAACGGCAGAUGUCGCGCCACUCUGUUACCGGGCUACUUGAGGCUGACGAUGAUACGUUGGCUGCAAAGGACUGCAGUUAUAAUACUAACAGCACGCUACCAGCGCGUCACAGUAAGUCAUUGGACCAACUGGAUGGUACAGUACACAGCACGCCAUCUCUACGCACUCACAGCCAUACACAACAGCUCAACACGCAUGGUUCCUUACAAACGCAAUCCGAUUCAAAUUAUAAACACUUUAGCGAUGGUGCCAGUGUAACCAGCUUGGCUAACAAGGUGGAACAGUCGGCGACGCGCAAGCAUAAAACACAAGCUGAAGAUCUCAUGCGCAAUAUCUCUGAGUUCCGUCAGAAGUACAAGAACUGUGAGGACGGUACACGCUGUGAGCCCAAAUUGCAUUUAAAUGGACAUGGCAGCGCCACAAAUAAUUUGGGCGUAAAUAGUUGCAACCGCACCGACGCCAGCACGCUCAACCGACAAUUAAGCACGGGCAAGUUCGAUUACCUGCACGAGAUACGCAUGCUGAACUCACCGAAGCAGCUAACGUUAUGUUCGCAUUACAACUCGCUGCCGAAGUACAAUGGGAAUGGCUUAAUACCACCACGAAACUCAUAUCCACCCAUUAAGUCGAGAAAAACAAAUGGCUGUUUAGAGAUCGAAACUAAAACCGCAAAGCAUGCAGUGACGCCCAUACAGCAGCACACAAUACCGAGAAGCAGCUCUUCGCAGGCUUUACGGCAGCAGUCACAAGGUGAUGUAAACUGUCAAGCGGAAUAUGCUUCGACAAUACCACGCUCGGUUGAAAUCGCAAGGGUACGUGUCUCCGAUCUCAAAGAAAUGUUGAAGAAUGGUACACUCAAGAAAGAGUCGAGUAGUUCUGAAAGUGAUAUACCUUCGAAAGUGCAGUCAUCGAAAAGCAGUGACAAUAAAAUGCUCUCUUCUCUUAGUGUACCAUUUAAAUUAGAGUCCCUGAACACAACUAGCAGCGAACAGAAUACUAGCGGUUUUAGCGAAUCAUUACCAAAUCUGGCGCCACCACCACAAUUCGAUGCCAUCACGGGACAAAAACGAAAACUUGUCCUAAGCAAUUCCACUUCAUCAUUAAGUGAGGAGAGCGGUUGGGUGUCGAGCCGACGCAGUUCAUUCGGCCCUUCUAGUCCGGAAACCAUUACAAAUAACGAAAAAAACGAAAAGAAUGAACAAGCACAUAUCAAUGGUAUGGAGACUCGCCUAAACGGUGAGCAACUACGUCUCAAAUUACAACAACUAUUGGAUCAGCAAACUCAAAAGAGCACUAAAAAGCACAAUACCGCAAAGCAGACGAGUCAAAUUCACAAAAUCAAUGCCGUCAACAAUGAAAUAUCGAUACAACGUAAGGUAUCAUCCGUAACCUUGAAGAUGAAACCCGACUUUAACCGAACCGAAUUGCAUUUACGACGUCGUCUACAGCAUUUAACGAAUGGCGAGUCCACGGAAACGGAUGAUUUGGAAAUUCCUUCACGGCGCGAACGUAUAAAACAUGGCAAACACGAGAAAUCGAAAUCGGAAUUCGAUCUAGCUAGUUUAAAAGAAAACACACCACUAGAGCAUGUGCGUGUACCGCCGCCACAGCAGUUCCAAGAUGAUUUACUUCCACCCGAUGAAUUUCGUGAUCCGCCAUUACCCGAUACACGCGAAAAAUUCACCACAGCAACAACGAAGUCCACAAUUAAAACCACCAUAACUACAACAAAACAUAGCAACAAUAAGAAAUCUACAGCUUUGCAGUCCAUAACCUCGAAAACUCAACCAAGCAACGAAAUUAAGUUUAUGUCAACACAAAUACCUGAAACCAAAAUGAAGCAUCAUCAAAGCUUCAACAUCAGUCCAAAGGAGAAUCAGAGUCGUCCGCCACAUACAACGACAGUGCAGUCACAAAAUCUAUACGCAUUGCAGAAAUCUUCACCCACGACGACACUACUUGCGAAACCGUCCCAAAUCACAGAAAUUGCUGCACCGGACCAAAGUCUUUUAAAACUCAUGGAGCCCUCGCACGCCAUCGAUAACCCAGUCUACCACAUAUACGAAUCACUGAAACCCAUCGCGACACCUGCAAUAUUCUCAAACAAACCGUUAUUGAAGUCACACAGCAUCUUGGAACUCAAGCAUAGUCAUCAGGCGUCUAGCGAACUCUACAACAGCCAUUGUAGAACAACACCAUAUCAUCACGUGACCAACAUGAACAACCCCAUUACGACUGUGGCCCACAACGGACACGGUCAUAGCCAUAACCACAGCCAUGAGCAUGCUAACGAUCACUCCCAACAUACGCAUGCGGUUGAACUCACCGAGGAUGAGGAUAAGGAGAAUACCAGUAACACACAAAAUAAAGCCGAAGUGACGCGUACCGAUAGUCAAAAGUCGAACAAUUCCAAACUGCUGGUUAAGCGCACCAAAGCUGGUGCUGUGGCCAGUAGCGGUCAGGAAUCCAAUGUUUCACUCAUGGAAUUUGAAAAAUAUCGCGAAGAAUUUCGCAAACAGAUCAAAUAUACCGGUAGCAUUUAUUCGGACUUUGCAAAGCUGGCUUCCGAACUGCCAUACUUUAGCAUUUGCGAUGAGUAUCGCGCCUUUUCACCCAACGGUAUGCAUUUAAUUAUCUGUGUUCACGGGUUGGAUGGAAACGCCGCCGAUUUGCGACUCGUGCGCACUUAUCUUGAGCUGGGUUUGCCCGGCGCAAAUUUGGAGUUUCUAAUGUCGGAGCGCAAUCAAGGCGAUACAUUCUCCGAUUUCGAAACAAUGACCGAUCGGCUUGUAGCAGAGAUACUCUAUCAUAUAGAAACAUGUGGUCUGAAUCCUACGCGCAUUUCAUUUGUCGCUCACUCUUUAGGCACGAUCAUAGUACGUAGCGCUUUGGCGCGCUCUCAAAUGCGUCCAUUACUACCGCGUCUACACACAUUCCUAUCGCUGUCUGGACCACAUUUGGGUACGCUAUAUAACACUAGCGGACUUGUCAAUAUGGGCAUGUGGUUCAUGCAGAAAUGGAAGAAAUCCGGUUCACUUCUACAGCUUUGUAUGCGCGAUACAUCGGACCUACGCAACACAUUUUUAUAUCGUCUUAGUCAACGCAGCACCCUACAUCACUUCAAGAAUAUACUGCUCUGUGGUUCAAGUCAAGAUCGUUAUGUGCCAGCGCAUUCAGCACGUCUGGAGCUCUGCAAAGCCGCCAUACGUGAUAACUCCAAUCUGGGCACAGUUUACAGGGAAAUGAUACACAAUAUAAUCGCACCGAUAUUAGCACGACCCGAAUUACAAUUGGCGCGUUACGACGUCCAUCAUGCACUUCCGCAUACAGCAAAUACGCUCAUCGGUAGAGCAGCGCAUAUUGCUGUACUCGACUCGGAAUUAUUCAUAGAGAAAUUUUUACUGAUUGCCGGCUUAAAAUAUUUUAGUUAACCAAGAAAUAAGUAGAAAUUUACUAACUACAUAUAGCGCAGUUCAAAGUCAUGGAUUUGCCUAAAAAAUACAAAUAGCACGAGCACAUGGUCCCUCGUUGGACCACGUACAGUUAAAUGCUAGUUUCUAGUCGUAGUUGUUGAUACACGCUUUAGAGAUAGAGAUAGUUAGGUACUUACAUAGCUGAUAACCGAGGUGUAGGAUUUCAUAAGAAGAAAAACUAUAAGGAAGGAUUUGCGGAAUUGUGUGGUGUACAAAUUUUAUUUGAGAAAAUUAUAAAAACAUUUGAAUUUUUUGGAAGGCUCUCGUUUCGUUUAGUUAUGGACUCCGAAAUUUAUUUUUUUAAUCGCAAAGUUACUCCAAUAGCACAAUCUUUCGGAGGGUGACCAGAAAAAUCUAUGUUCCAAACCAAUACCGAAUACUGAAGAUAAUUUCGUGAAGUAUUAUCUACUUUUUCACAGAGAAAAGUUCUCUACAGUCCGAGUUCUCUUUGGAUAUUUGAUGAUAUCUAGUAUUGAUCCACAGCUAAUUGUAAUUUCAAGACGAACCCUAACAUGUUGAUAAAAAUACGGUUGAAAUAUUUGGAGAUAUUUGUUUUAGAAAUAGGUGUUUCUACUGCAAUUUGCAAGAUCAGAUAAUGAGAAGUUAGCAAACAACAGAAAUGCAUCGUGAUUGAAACGAAGUUAUUGUUAUUUUUGAGUACAGGCAUAGUAAAGGAGUCGGCAAAAAUCAACGAGGUCGGACUUUAAGAUGGAAUGAUCGUUGAGUUAGAAGAAGUGAACUCGUUUAGAGAAAGAGCUUUCGGACACCUUUUACACCUUGCCAUCAGAGUGAAGUUUGGAUAGUUAGAAAUUUAAUGUAUUACAAUAUUCAUAACUCAUUCUUGCAAAAAUCACUCUGGUGUCUUAAGAAAAUUCUAUCGUUACGACAGUCGAAAUUUACCCAAGUAUGAUCUUAUAUUAGUGGGGUUUGUAGAAUUUUAUAAAGCCUCUUACUGAUAUGGUGAAUAACCUUAUGUAACCAAGAUAGGAAAUUCAGAGAAAUGUCUCUGAGUAGAUUUCGUGACCUAUCAGCACUGGCAACUGUUUUCGAAGGUCCUCUGGAAGAUUUAGAUCUUGAUCUUGAUCUUGAGAUUAACGGAUCUUGACAAAGGCGAAGACCAAAAAAAAAAAUAUAUAUAUAUUAUAAAAUCCAUAAGAUCAAUCGCCUCGGCACACUUUCGUAUUUGGUGCAAACAUUUUUCAAACAGAGCAACUAAAAAGCUAAAAAGUGGAGUUAAUAUUAGCCUUUUUCAUGGAGCAGAGACUUAUUUUAUAUUUGGAAAACGUCACCGACAAUUACUCGCACACAUACAAGCAAAUCUAUGGAACUUUGAAAAACAAAGAGAGAAAAUAAAAACAAAAACCAAAUUUACUUAAAGAAACAAGGAAUUUUUCAAUAAGAUUUGAACUUUUUUAUAUUAAAAUCUAUAUAUUUAAUAAUUAAUAUUAAGGAACAAGCAACACAAAAAUACAUUAAACUAUUUAGAAUGAGAGUAGUAGUAUUAGAGAAUCAGUGUUACAAAAUCAAAACCAAAGAAACUCUACGCAUAGAGAAAUGUUACAUUUUUAAACAGAAAGAUCAAUUUAAUGCAGAAAAAAGAUUUAGUAAUUAAAUCAUGCAUACACACACACACACUCAUA